AUUGCCAACAAGAAAAAAUGGAAAAGCACAAUAAAUGAAAGAUUCUUAUUCGUCCUACUUGACUAAAGUAUGCAGUCUUCGUCUUCCUCUUGAAAGUUUCGGUUUCGCAAACAAGUACAAAGCUGUCACUGUUUGAAGCUCUGUUAACCUUUCACUGUUUCCAAUCACUUUCUCUCAACUUCUUCAAAUCCUUCAUUUUUUAUUUUUUUUUGGAAAAAAGAAAAAGAGAUAUGGCGGGGGCCUUAGUUGGUGGAGCUUUCCUAUCUGCUUCCCUUCAAGUUAUGUUCGACAGGAUGGCAUCUCGUGAAUUCAUGGACUUCAUUAGGGGAAAGAAACUUGAAGAUGGGCUGCUGAACAAACUGAAGCCAACGCUGAUGUCAGUUAAUGUAGUGCUGGAUGAUGCUGAAAGUAGGCAGAUUAAUGAUCCAGUUGUCAGAAGCUGGAUUGAUGAGCUCAAAGCUGCUGUUUAUGAUGCGGAGGACCUCCUCGAUGAGAUUGCCACUGAAGCUGUUCGAACCAGGUUGGAAUCUGAGGAUCAAACAACUUCAAAGAUGGUAAGUCGCUUUAUCUCUUCUCUUAAUCCUUUUAAUAAGGGGAUGGAUUCAAAGCUAGAGGAGAUCCUUGGGAGACUAGAAUCUCUAGUCAACCAAAAGGACAUCCUCUGUUUGAAGGAAUGUAGAAGAGAAAACCCAUUUCAAAGAUCACCCACAAGUUCUUUGUUGGAUGAGUCUGGUGUUUUUGGUAGAGAUGGUGACAAAGAAGCAAUAAUUAUGAAGUACUUGUACCCAGAAACUGAUCAAAUAGAUGUGAUUCCGAUAGUGGGUAUGGCCGGGGUUGGUAAAACCACCCUUGCACAAUUGAUCUUCAAUGACAAGAGGGUGAAGGAAUGGUUUGACCCCAUAGUUUGGGUAUGUGUUUCUUUGGAAUUUGAUGCUCUCAAGGUAACCAAAGACAUUCUUCAAGAGAUGGGUUUUCAUUGUGAAAAAGGUGGGACUCUAAAUCACCUUCAACGUAAAUUAAAGAACGAGCUGUUGAGAAAGAGGUUUCUGUUUAUCUUAGACGACGUUUGGCAUAAGAGAUAUGUUGAUUGGGAAGAGCUGAAAAAUCCUUUCACUUCUGGGGCAAAAAGUAGCAAGAUUAUUGUAACAACACGUGAUGAAAGUGUUGCAUCAAUUAUGAAGACUGUUCCACCUUAUCAUCUUCGUAUCUUACCAGAUGAGGAUUCUUGGGAGUUAUUUGCACAACAUGCAUUUGUUAAUACAAGUCCCAGCAUGCAUCCACAUUUGAAGAUAAUUGGUGAAGGAAUUGUCAAAAGAUGCAAAGGCCUCCCUCUAGCAGUAAAAGCACUAGCUGGUCUUUUGCGUUGCAAAUUAGAUGCUGAUGAAUGGAAUCAAAUAUUACAUAGCACUUUGUGGGACAUAGCAUAUGAUCCAGCACUAACAUUAAGUUAUUAUUAUCUUCCCUCACAUUUAAAGCGAUGCUUUGUCUAUUGCUCAAUUUUUCCUAAAGAUUAUAAAUUCAAAAAGGAAGAACUCAUUCAGUUAUGGGUGGCUGAAGAUCUUUUAGCAGGCUCCAAAGAAAAUGUAAAUAUGGAAGAGGAGGGCAACAAGUGCUUCAACGAUUUAAUAUCAAGGUCAUUUUUUCAGCAAUCAAGCCAGGAUAAAUCAUGCUAUGUCAUGCAUGACCUAAUUAGUGACUUAGCUAAAUCCGUGGCAGGGGAAUUUUUUUGCAGAUUGGAAGGUGGUGAUAGACGUUCAUGGAAAAUAACUAAAAAGAUCCGUCACUUAUCCAAUGUUCAGGAAAUAUAUGAUGUGCAUGAGAAAUUUGAGGGAUUAUCGGAAGCAAGUGGUUUACGAACAUUCUUAACUAUAAAGUCAUCAUCGCCUUGGUUUUCUUAUGUUGCCAACAUGAUAAUGGAUGAUUUGGUGAUAAAAUCAAGAUGCUUACGAGUACUGUCUUUGUCUAAAUAUGGUAAUAUCAGUGUUUUGCCAGAAAAAAUUAGUAAUUUGAAGCAUUUGCAAUAUUUGGACCUUUCUGAAACUUCUAUUAAAAGGUUGCCCAACUUUUUGUGUGCAUUUAUAAUUUGCAAACAUUAAUAUUGUUCAGAUGUAUUCGUCUUG